GACUUGCAGUUGCAGCAGGCUGGAGAAUGCAUUCAAUCAAAUGAGGAGAUCUUAUUGAAACACUGGAUUCAUUUAUGCAUUGCAGUUCUCCCCCUUUUCUGUCUAUCUGUGUCUCUGUAUUACCUCCCUCCUUGUCCCCCUCUCUCCUUUCUUUUUCCUUUUUUUUCUGGAUGGUGGCUGUUAAUCAAGUUUCAUUAUUACAUGGUGUUCACUUGUCAUCCUUAUUGGAGAUUAGCAUCAUUCGGGAGCUAACAGACAACUGAUUUUAAUUCCUUUUCUGUUUUAACCUCCUUCAUCUUCAUUUUGGGAGUGCUAAGACCCAGGAGACACCCUCACAAACAGCAGGAGUUCUUUCACAUAGCAUUACAGUGCAAGGAAAACCCCAUUGGAUCUGUUAUUGCAGGAUACUUGUGAAAUAUACAUACACUGCUUCUUCUCUUUUUUUCCCCUGGCUGCAUCUUGAAUAUGGAAAAAUCUUAUAUAUAGUGGGGCUUUGCUUUGAAAGGCUGCAGAUAUUUUCCCUUCCUGUUGAUAACAGACUUCUGUGGCUCUCCCUUCUUUCCUGAUUCCUGUUCUUUUUUACCCUUCGAUUCACACCUGGAUUGGAUCUUCAACGCUGAACAUUGCUGGGUACUUUCAGAGCUGAAGCCAGCUGCACAUCUUACAAGGUAUCCUCGGUCUGGAUGGAAUUAUUCUGCAUGGUGGUGAACUUGGCACUUGUGAAUGGGGAUCCUCUUACUGACUGCUAGCAGAAGAAAUACAUAUAUAUAUAUAUAUUUGUAUACAAAUAUCAAGGGGAUUAAACGGUGGAUCUGCUGACUAAGCAUUGUGAUGACCAGCUAUCACCUUGCUGACUGAUUCCAACAGCAGAAUAUUUCGGACGAUCGUGCUGGAGACCUGUUAUUGAGAAUUGCAAGAUGAAAGCUCCUAUUCCACAUUUGAUCCUCUUUUAUGCAACCCUGACGCAAAGCUUAAAGGUCGUUACAAAAAGAGGUUCUGCUGAUGGAUGCACUGACUGGUCUGUGGAUUACAAGAAAUAUCAGGUUUUGGUUGGUGAACCUGUUCGAAUAAAAUGUGCACUAUUUUAUGGAUAUAUCAGAGCAAACUACACAAUAGCGCAGAGUGCUGGACUCAGCUUGAUGUGGUAUAAAAGUACUGGGCCUGGAGAUUUUGAAGAGCCGAUUGCUUUUGAUGGAAUAAGGAUGAGCAAAGAAGAAGACGCUAUUUGGUUUCGGCCAACCGUGACAGAGGACAGUGGUCUUUAUGCAUGCGUCAUAAGGAAUUCCACUUACUGCAUGAAAGUUUCUAUAGCCCUGUCAGUAGGGGACAAUGAUACUGGAUUCUGUUAUAACUCCAAGAUGAAAUACUUUGAAAAAGCUGAACUUAGCAAAAGCAAGGAAAUCUUGUGCCCAGAAAUAGAAGAUUUCAUUAUGCCAUACAGAGAGCCAGAAAUCAAGUGGUACAAGGAAUGCAAAGCAAAAACAUGGAGGCCCAGUAUAAUUUUGAAAAGGGACACUCUAGUUAUCAGGGAAGUCAGAGAAGACGACAUAGGGAAUUACACCUGCGAAAUGAAGUAUGGAAGUUUUUUAGUGAGAAGAACCACCGAAUUAACAGUGACAGCUCCGAUGACAGAUAAGCCACCAAAGUUACUCCAACCUUUGGAGAGCAAACUGACAGUCCAAGAAGCUCAGAUUGGCAGCUUCGCUAAUUUAACCUGCAGAGCUUUUUUUGGCUAUAGUGGUGAUGUCAGUCCUUUAAUUUACUGGAUGAAAGGGGAAAAGUUUAUUGAAGAUUUGGAUGAAAAGCGGGUCAGAGAGAGUGAUAUCAGCGUUCUUAGGCAACAUCUUGGAGAGCAGGAAGUAUCAAUCUCAUUAAUAUUUGAUUCAGUUGAAGAUGUCGACUUAGGAAAUUACUCCUGCUAUGUUGAGAAUGGGAAUGGGCGUAGGCACGCAAGCGUGCUCCUCCAUAAAAGAGAACUUAUGUACACUGUUGAACUUGCGGGGGGUCUUGGAGCCAUACUUUUAUUACUUGUGUUUCUAGUCACCAUCUACAAAUGUUACAAAAUUGAACUCAUGCUUUUCUAUCGGAACCACUUUGGUACUGAGGAACUUGAUGGAGAUAAUAAAGACUUUGAUGCAUAUUUAUCAUAUACAAAAGUGGACCCUGAUCAAUGGAACCAGGAGACUGGAGAAGAAGAGAGAUUUGCACUGGAAAUCUUACCUGAUAUGCUUGAAAAACACUAUGGUUACAAAUUGUUCAUACCUGACAGAGAUCUAAUCCCAACAGGAACUUACAUUGAAGAUGUGGCAAGAUGUGUGGACCAAAGUAAAAGGCUGAUCAUUGUCAUGACUCCCACUUAUGUUGUAAGAAGAGGCUGGAGUAUAUUUGAGUUAGAGACCAGACUACGUAAUAUGUUGGUCACUGGAGAAAUCAAAGUGAUAUUGAUUGAAUGCAGUGAGUUACGUGGUAUUAUGAAUUACCAAGAAGUGGAGACUCUAAAACACACCAUUAAGCUUCUAACGGUUAUCAAAUGGCAUGGGCCAAAUUGCAACAAGUUGAAUUCAAAAUUCUGGAAACGUUUACAAUAUGAAAUGCCUUUUAAAAGAAUAGAACCAAUCACACAUGAGCAGGUUUUAGAUGUCAGUGAGCAGGGACCUUUUGGGGAACUGCAGACGGUCUCAGCAAUUUCUAUGGCUGCUGCCACUUCUACUGCCCUAGCUCCUACCCAUCCUGAUAUUCGUUCUACCUUUCAUAACACUUACCAUACACAAAUGCGGCAGAAACACUAUUAUAGAAGCUAUGAAUAUGAUGUACCUCCUACUGGCACCCUGCCUCUUACCUCAAUAGGUAAUCAGCAUACUUAUUGCAACAUACCUAUGACACUAAUUAACGGACAGCGGCCACAAACAAAAACAAACAGGGAGCAGCACCCAGAAGAAGCCCAUACAAACAGUGCUAUUUUGCCGCUUUUGCCAAGGGAGACAAGUAUAUCUAGUGUCAUCUGGUGACAGGAAUGGUAGGGGCACAGCAGCCCCUCUCCCCCACAGUUGGAAUUGGAUAAUGCAGUCUGGUCUGGUGCCUGGAACUACAUCCUCGACUGCUGCUGUUAAACAUGCAUUACAAUCGAUAACAUUUGAGGAAAAACAGGGUCUUGUACAUAUUUUUGCAAUUUAUUUGUAGCAUCAGUGUCUUCCUGUUUUACCCAUGUCUUUUGCCAUUACAUUUUUGACUUUGUUUUAUAUGUCAAUGAAAUUUGUCUAGUUAGAUUUUUUUAAUGAAUAGACUGAUGUAUAGAUAGGAGAUUUUUUUCCCUUUUCUUUAAGUAUAGUUUUAGAAUGAUUUUUAUUUUUUAUUUUUCCCCUUUGUUUUGGAAUGCUUGAUCAAACUACUGUAUAUGGAGCAACAUUCCUUUUAUUGGCUUUUUUUUUGUAAUAUUCAUCAAUGAUCUUCAAUCUUCAUUGUCAAUAGAGGGAAGUACAGUAUGCAAGAUUCCAAGGACUCUUAUUUUUUUAAGAUAACCAGCAGAGCUCACUUUUUAUUCCUUUUGCCCCGCCAACCCAAUGGCAGCAUGCUUGGUUACACUACAAUAUGGUCUGAUUGUUUAACUUUUAACUAACUUAAAUGUCUGUCAUACAAAAAGAUACCUGGUCUGUAUUUAUUGCUUUGCAGUAACAUAGAUCAUAGAGAGCAAUUUUAAUGGAAAAGUAAAUGUUUUGAUAUUUUUCUUUAUUUCACAUUGCAUUUUAUUUGUUAUGUAUACCUGAUUUUAGCCCUUUUUAUUUAAUAAUGCAAGUUUUGUUGUUUUUUUUAUUUAGGGAAGUGAAGUCACCCAUGAUUAUUGAUCUCUUUUCUCUACUUUAUAAAAUCACUUGAUAUGCUACAGUGCUCUAGUCAGCCAAAAGCUACAUGCAUUGUUGAAGUUAUUUUUGUAUGGUUUAAUCCAUACAAGGCCGUGGAAGACCUUGUAACUAUCACGGACUCCUGUGAAAUGUUUAAAAUUGUUUUUGCCUUAUUGGUUUCAACUUUGUAAAAAAAAAAACAACUUUAUCAGCUUAAAGGCAAUUUAAAUUAGUACUCAGGAGGCAAUGAACACCAGUUGUGAACGCCAACAUGCAUAAGCCUUUCCAACAGAUUUACUGUUUAUAACAAUUAAUCAGACCUUAAAUGUUAAAUUCAUUUUAUUGAAUAAAGAAAUAUGUUUAUUUUUAAGAAAA